AGCCACUUUCGGGCUACCGACUCACUCAUCCAUUAUAAUUUUUUCACUUGGACUAGCGGUUCCAGUGACCGAGGGCAGUUCCAGAUAUGAAGCUCGACUGCAUGCAGAUUGACCCGCUGGCCACGGAAUUUAGCCAUCGCGCAUAAUACUAUUGUAUCAAUGGACUAAUCCUAAGGACGUAGGUGCACCUAGUAUUUUACUUUAUCUGCUAAUACUACAAGCUUUGUGGCAACAUUUAAAUUUAUGCGCCAUGGAUGGAACCCACAAGAGAGGUAGGGUGAAGUCUCUGCCCCAUGUCCAAGCCUCACAGGUAAUAAGAUUCCACCAAUUUUCUCAAAGUACGCGUAACCUAUGUACACGCGUAUAAAGUUUGGUGGACAAAUCUAUUUACGAACCCCAAUAACUAUAAGAAUGGAGGAAUCGCCUCUUUAUCCCGCGUUAAUACCCCUUCUUUUUCCUUCUCGCCAUCUCAGACUAGACUUUUUGACCCUGGCAAUUUAUUACAAAAUGUCAGAAUUUCACCGAUUUGGCAAUUUACCGACCGAGUUAAGGCUCCAAAUUUGGAGACAUGCCUUACAGCCAAUCAAUCCAACCCGCCGCAGGGCUCAUUUCUUCUCGGUGACCAACUAUCUAGAAGAUGGUGAUGCGCUAAAAAAGCUCAGGGUGCAGUGCUUUCUGGGCUCUGAUUGCGAAUUCGAACAUGGCUCUCAAUUUUGCCUUGCAGCACCAAAAUUUGGCAGCAGCCAUUCGUGGACCAACAACAACCCAUCUGCAUAUCUCUGGGAUUUCGGCAUGUGGAGCGCAUGCUGCGAAUCCAACGCCGUAAUUGAAAAGCAUUAUAAUCUCGAUUACUGGAAAGCGAAGCUCCGUCAAGGCCGUACCGACUUUCGUGAUGAUCAGUUUGAUGAUGCCUGCGUGCCAUUCAUUCACCCACGCCCUGAUGGAGAUUGGUGCUUCCCCAUUCAUACAAACCGAGAUCUCGUUUGCCUACAGCCCUCUAAUAUAGACGCAGUUGGCUUUUACUGGGAACAUGAAUACUUUAUGCAAGAUUUCUGCAUGAUAGAGUGGAAUAAAGGGCUGCGCGGCAUUGUCAAUUUGGCGCUCGAAUACGACCCUAGCUGGUUUGAUGGUUUUAUAGAGAACUUCUCUGUGCUACAUUUCUUUCAAGAGAAGAGCCCGAGGGGCCUUCUCAUCCGCACCCUGGUCGCCAUGGACGACGAUGAUUCGGUAUAUCUCCCUGAAACGGUUUGGCUCAUCGACCACAGCCUGAAGCGAGACAAGGAUAAGGGCGAUCGUGUGACGUCAAGAGAAGGCAAGGUGUUCCACGGAAGCAAUGAGAAAUUUGUUCAGGUUCUGGAUGGUCACGACUAUUCGGGCACUUACGACCAUUCAGCGCUCGAGUUCCUGGAUCACCUCGGAAUAUUACUUGAUGGCCUCGAGCCGCCCCGGCACUCUUGUCUACGCCAUAAUGGAAUGUAUAUUGGAUGCAAUGGGUGUGAUGCCGGUGGAUCGGACUAUUACUGCGUUGAGCACCACCUUCAGGUUCUAGCAUGCGAGGACGCCGAAUAGCCCGCGCGGAUGGAGAAAGCAUGCUUUCGAAUGAGGAGCUGGCUAGACGUUGACAAAAAAAGCAUAGAUUGUCGUCGGGUGAGGAUCAAGUCAACUGCUAUUUGUACAUGGAAUCUGGCGUUUAGAGAAAUAGAAUC